AUGAGCCCUGCAUUUUCUCUUCAUUGCUUUCGCAGGGGGUGUCUUGAGAAAACCUCACCAGCUUCACCAAAGGAAAUCCAGGUUAGUCAGGGCUCCUUUGUCUGCUGCAUCUACAUAGCUUUGGCCUGGGAUCCUUUCAGCUGUCAUUUCUGAAGAUUAAACCAGAUUAAAUCUUGUGCAACAAUUGCUGGGUGCUGCCUUGAACCCCAUAAGGCCAUUGCUCUCCCUAGCUCAGUACAGUGGUACCUCGGGUUACAUACGCUUCAGGUUACAUACGCUUCAGGUUACAGACUCCACUAACCCAGAAAUAGUGCUUCAGGUUAAGAACUUUGCUUCAGGAUGAGAACAGAAAUCGUGCUCUGGUGGCACAGCAGCAGCAGGAGGCCCCAUUAGCUAAAGUGGUGCUUCAGGUUAAGAACAGUUUCAGGUUAAGAACAGACCUCCAGAACGAAUUAAGUUCUUAACCCCGAGGUACCACUGUAUUAUCGCCUCCCUCUGGCUUCUCCAGGGUGGCACCCAUGGGUUGUCGUAGCACCCAGAGUGUGCCACCGGUGCGUUUGCCAGGCUCUCCCCCAUGUGAUGCCACAAUCCGUGAAUGAAGCUGUUAAAUAAUCCCUGAAUAAUGAUUAAGAAAAAAAAUAUUUUUAAAACAUUUAUUCAUCCAAGUCAGUCAGUAUAAAUACAUCCUGCAGUUGUGCAACUUGUUCAAGAGGACUGAUUGUACCACUGUGUAAGGAAAAAGAUAAAACAGGCCUCUGUUAUGGGGUGACUCAUACAAAUUUUUCAUCCCUGCGUGUUUUUGUUAUUUAAAUUCUGAAUUAAUACAGUACUGUACAUAUAGGUUCAGAUCCAUAAUAGAUGUCUUUACAAAUGAGCAGGCCUUUCAGAGGCUGGAGACCGGAGACAGAGAGGAUUAUGGGAAAGUGAAGGCAGCCAUCUUGCGCAGGGACGCCUUGAGGAGGGAAAUGCAGCGCCAGCGCUUCAGGCGCUUCUGCUACCAGGAGGCCGAGGGGCCCAGAGGGGCCUACAGCCAACUCCAGGAGCUUUGCUCCCAGUGGCUGAAAGUGGAGCGGCACACCAAGGAGCAGAUCCUGGAGCUGCUGAUCCUGGAGCAGUUCCUGACCGUUCUGCCGCCAGAGAUCCAGAGCUGGGUGAGGGAGUGUGGGCCGGAGACCUGCUCCCAGGCGGUGACUCUGGCCGAGGGGUUCCUUCGGGUGCAGCAGGAGACCCAGAGGCAAGGGAAAGAGGUGAGGUUGUCGGUCGGUAUGUGUGAAACUCCCAUCUGCAUUAUACAUUUAAAGCAUCCUUAUCCCACUUCAAACAGUCAUGGCUUUUCCCCAAGGAAUCCUGGGAGCUGUAGUUUGUUAAAGGUGCUGAGAGUAGUUAAGAAACAGCCUUUAUCCCCCUCGCAGAGCUACAAUUCCCAGAGUUCCCUGGAAAGAGGGUUUGAUUAUUAAUCCUCUCUGAGAGUUGUAGCUUUAGGAGGGGAAAAGUUUAAAGUGGCGUAAAGGUAAAGGGACCCCUGACAAUUAGGUCUAGUCGUGGCCGACUCUGGGGUUGCAGCGCUCAUCUGGCUUUACUGGCCGAGGGAGCCGGCGUACAGCUUCCGGGUCAUGUGGCCAGCAUGACUAAGCCGCUUCUGGCGAACCAGAGCAGCGCACGGAAACACUGUUUACCUUCCCGCCGGUGCAGUACCUAUUUAUCUACUUGCACUUUGAAGUGCUUUCGAAGUGCUAGGUUGGCAGGAGCAGGGACCGAGCAAUGGGAGCUCACCUCAUCGCGGGGAUUUGAACUGCCGACCUUCUGAUCGGCAAGCCCUAGGUUCUGUGGUUUAACCCACAGCGCCACCCGCGUCCCUUUAAAGUGGCAUAAGAGGGCUUUAAAAGGAAAGUGCAGAUUUGAUCCGAAAUCGUUUUUAUUUGGUUUUGCAAAUAUAAAUUUAUAACAAAUGCACAUCCGUAUAUAGAGAUUUCUCUGAAUCUCAAGACUUCCCACCAUCCCUUCCAUGGGUCUUAUUGUCAACAUUUUCAAUUGCAUAUUAUUCCAUAAUCUAAUUUUUGUAUCUGUCCAUAUUGUCCAAAGUGUUUGUUACGUUACAAACGAUAUUAAAAUCCUGCUAAUGUUUUCAUCUGCUUACAGUGGUCUCCUAAAUAAAUUAUAUUCCCCCCCACACCCCAUUAUUUCUUGAAGUUUUUGUCUUCUUGGUUCCUUAGCUUUCCGGUGAGUUUUGCCAUUUCAGCAUAGUCAAGUGCGGAUUUGAUCCAAUACAGAUGCUGACUGGGAUAAGAUGGGUCUGUGUGGUACCUGCAGGGUUGACUUGGGGUAUGUCUGCUUCCACAGACUCAGGAGUCUACUUCUCAGUAGACUGGUGUAGGAUCAUAAUGUUGCCGCUAGAGCUCAACCCUCCUAAGGCCUGUCCCUGCCAUCUCAAAAGUGACUCCAUGUUGCUAUUUCAGGUGUCAGCACCAUUUCAGGACCAGGCAGCAGUGAACUUCUCCACGGCGGAUUGGCAGGCCGCAUCAGACACUGACCAGAGGCUGCUGGCCACGGAGAUCAAGCAGGAAAGAGAUGAAGAAGAAGCCGGUUUGCUGGGUAAGUCUUGUGUCUGGAUUCUACAUUUCCUAACCAACUCUCUGUAAAAAGGUAGAGGGACCCCUGACCAUUAGGUUGUGGCUGACUCUGGGGUUGCGGCGUUCAUCUCGCUUUAUUGGCCCAGGGAGCCGGUAUACAGCUUCCAGGUCAUGUGGGCGGCAUGAUUUAGCCGCUUCUGGCGAACCAGAGCAGUGCACGGAAACGCUGUUUACCUUCCCGCCGGAGCGGUACCUAUUUAUCUACUUGCACUUUGACAUGCUUUCAAACUGCUAGGUUGGCAGGAGCAGGGACCGAGCAACGGGAGCUCAUCCCGUCACGGGGAUUUGAACCGUCGACCUUCUGAUCAGCAAGUCCUAGGCUCUGUGGUUUAACCCACAGCGCCACCAACUCUCUGUACCUCAGGUCUAAUCCUCCUCAGCAGUAGGCCUGGACGAUGUAUCGAUACAUCGCCCAGGCCCGGCAGAAGGGGCAGACCGCAAUGGCGGCUUCACUCAGCAAUAUAUCGCAGAUGAAAUCAUAGCCGCUCUUGACACCCUCCAGCUUAGGAGUGGUGUUUCACCAGCGAUAUAUCACUGAGUGAAUCCACCAUCCCACUCUGCAAGCUGACGGUGAGCUGGGGACUCCCUUAAAGUGCUCCCGCCCCCCAGCUGAGGGAGCCCUGAUGCUUCUCCGGCUUGCUUGCAGCGCUGGGGUGAAACUGUCUCAGUGAUUUCACCCCGGCGCCUCGCAGCACUGUGGUAGGAAGCAGGGUUUUGAACAUUGCUAUGUAUCUGUUCAGGGAAUUCAGGGGCAGUGAAACUGGUGAAAUUCGCCCGACUUCCUAUCUCUCCCACUGAAGGAAUUUCUGCCUGCAGGUGAGAGCAAGAGGCCUGAUGGCUCUGGUCUGUUACAGCAGAGCUGAGGGAGUGAGCUCUGCUUCUCAGCUUGCCCACUGCUGGGAGGGCAGGUGAGUAUUGGAGUCACAGAUUCUCUGAUUCAACAAGCAGGCAAAAGGAGAUGUCCAGAGCUCAGACUGUUCUGUGGUGUUCUCUGUCCCUUUGAGAGAUUUCCUACAAGGUCUUUUAACGGGUGGAAGGGGAGUAUUCAUUUCCUCUCUUUUUAGUUUUGUGUUUUUCUAGACCAGAAAAUUAGUUGGUUUUGGGGGGAUGUUCUCGUCUCUCCAGCAGGUGAAGGAUGGACGAGUGUUGACAUCGAAGGGAAACGCUCCCUUUAA